CAUGUUCCAAGAAGAUGCCACUUAACAUGGUUUUAGAAAACGUGGAUAGAUGAAAAUAUAUAGAUGAAAAAAGACCAAAAAAAUAGUAUGAAAAAGCUGAAAUUAAUUAGUUAUGCAGGUCACAGUCAGCAUUUGGCAAGAAGCUUGUGCAAUCUACUGCUUUGUCUCCAUAAGUGCUUUUCCAAACGGUGCACUGGUAGGUUGGUGAAUUAAAAGCAAUUUUGUGCUUCCAAAAAGCACAUGAAUAUUAUUUAAUUUUGGCCUCAGCUGCAGAUACUCAUACUGUAGAUCCUGCAAUGUAAAGAGAAUAAGGGACAAGGAGAAAAUGUUAAAUUAUUUGACCAAUAUUUUUCUGAUCUAAGCAAUACUCUUGAUAGAUGCAGGAAGUUGACUUUUCUUGCUUAAAAACAUAGGGGCUUGGUUGACCUAGUUAAACUUGGUAUAAAAUAUGAGCAACUUUGUAUCUAAUUAUAACAUUAAUCAGCAGCUUAUCAUCUUAAACCUGAUCAGACGUCUUAAGUGAUUGGUUAUAAACACCGAAAAAAUGGGAAGAUCCCCUCAUCGUCUGAGCCCACCUUCGCCGGCCGGCAGGAUCAAUGUUGCUGCAGCAAGGAAUCUUCCAUGCCUUUAAAUUUUUAUAUACUGCAGACUGGCUUAUGAUCCGUUUGAUCCAAAAGGGAGCAUAAAUAUCAGAUGGGAUGUUGUUUCUUGGACUUCUGAUGGCUAUGUGGUGAGUGCCACAAGAACUUGUAAAACAUUUUUUUUGUUGUGUUUUUGGUAUGAACACUUUGAGUAACCCUAACAAUUAAUAAAUUCAACAAGUAUAAAAUAUGAAAAAAAGUAUCAUGUCCAAUGAAUAUUCCUCCAAAAUUGUCAAAAAAGGUACACAGAAAUGAUUCAAAUCAAUGCCAGCCUUUUUGUAUAAGGUCAACUUUAAUCUUAUUUGUUUAUUAAUUUUCUUAGAUUUUUGUUUAUCUUAAGUUAUGAUUAAGCUCUAAUUAAUACAAAGAUUCAAGCAUUUAGAAUCUCCAAAAAGUUCAUUAAAACAAAUGCUUAUUAAUAUUACGUUGAUUACCCAGGCUGCGGUGACAAUAAGCAACAACCAAAUGUACCGCCCCGUCACGAGCCCAGGGUGGACCUUAGGAUGGACAUGGGCUAAAAAGGAGGUGAUCUGGUCCAUGGCGGGAGCUCAAGCCACUGAUCAAGGAUACUGCUCCAAGUUCAAAGGAAAUAUUCCACACAGCUGCUCAAAAAAUCCUUCAGUUGUUGACUUGCCUCCUACGGCUGCAUACAGCCAAAGAUUUUCUGAUUGCUGCAAGGGUGGUGUGUUGGAAUCACUUGGACAAGACCCCUCAGCUGCUGUCUCGGCAUUUCAGCUGAGUGUCGGGCAUUCAGGUACCUCGAAUAAAACAGUAAUACCACCCAAGAAUUUUUUCGUGCUUGGUCCUGGGCCGGGGUAUACCUGCAGUGCUGCAACCAUUGUGCCACCCUCAGUCUCCUACUCGCCUGAUGGUCUGCGUAAGACUCGAGCAAUGAUGACAUGGAGUUUAACCUGUAGUUACUCGCAAGUGCUGGCUUCCCAGAACCCUACUUGUUGUGUCUCUCUGUCAUCUUUUUACAACCCGAUGAUCACUCCCUGUCCGUCUUGUGCUUGUGGCUGUCAAAAUAAGAAUAACUGCGCGUCAGUACUCUCGUACCCACAAGGGCCACAACUUUCUUAGCCUAAUCAAUUUCGAGACUUGUAAGUUUAUAUUAUCUGCCCUCUAACAUUAGAACAUAUGCAGGGACAAUGACCCUUCAAGUGUCGUAAGUUUGAAAACCGUAGUUCAGAAAAAUGCAUCAGUCUUACAAUGCACAGAUCACAUGUGCCCAAUU